AUGCAUGCCAGGCACGAGGAGCCUGUUUUAGACCAUAGAGCGCUUUCACCAAGCGACAGAGAUGAUGAGGAUGAGCAGGGUCAACAAAACCAGGAGGUUGGCGCAUCAAAGGUGGCAGGAGGUGGCGGUGCAGGCGCAUCGUUCAAAGCAGACGGCGGCGAAGACACAUACGGAGACGGCGGCCCAGACUCGGGCGGCUCACUAGCGGCGGAGCUCGCGGGCGACGCGGAUGUCGGCUCAGGCGAGGGCGACCCAGCGGUGGGGGAGCGCGCAGGCGACACCCAGGGCGACGCACAGGGCGGCUCCGGCCCAGCAGGAGAGGAGGCGAGCGGCGAUUCAGGCUCGGGCGGCCCAUCCGCGGGCGAUGGAGACCGCGCGGGAGAUGCACAGGGCGGCCCAGCAGGCGGAGGCGAGGACGGCCUGGUGGCCGGUGGCAUCGAGGUGGAUGUCUCGGGGCGCGGCGUGAACCAGACAGAAAUUAGAAUGGAGAAGUAG